CUAACCCUAUACAGCCCAUCUUCUACGUGCAAAAAAAAAGCGUGCAGAGGGCGGCCAGAUCUCCUACUGAAAACAAGUGGAUCUCUGUGGAUACGAUCACCGGGCAGCCAUGGAAGAACUUACAGCUUUUGUAUCCAAAUCUUUUGACCAGAAGAGCAAAGAGAGCAGCAGCAGCAGUGGCAGCAGCAACAAGAAGGAGACUAUCACGUACAGGGAAGUUUUGGAGAGUGGGUUGGCUCGAUCUAGGGAGCUGGGAAACUCUGACACGAACCUGCAGGACAUUACUGAGAGCAGCAACCAUUGCCCGGUGCAUCUUUUCAAGGAGCAUGUGGAGAGUGACAAGGACAAGCUGAAAGAGUUCAGCACGGGCAGGACCGCGGAAGGAAUCUACGAGUGCAAAGAAAAGAGGGAAGACGUGAAGUCAGAAGAUGAAGAUGGACAGACCAAGCUCAAACAAAGGAGAAGCAGAACCAAUUUCACACUAGAGCAGCUGAAUGAACUGGAAAGACUUUUUGAUGAGACUCACUAUCCAGAUGCCUUCAUGAGGGAAGAGCUAAGCCAGAGGCUGGGACUCUCUGAAGCUAGGGUUCAGGUCUGGUUCCAGAACAGGAGGGCGAAGUGCCGGAAGCAGGAGAACCAGAUGCACAAAGGUGUGAUCCUGGGCACGGCGAGCCACUUAGACGCCUGCAGAGUGGCCCCCUACGUGAACAUGGGCGCCCUGAGGAUGCCUUUCCAACAGGUAUGCGAGAAGAGAAGGGGACCCUUCUUCUGGAGCCUCCCAGAGAGAGCGAGACGGUGCCACAUGCUGCUUGGGGAGGUGCAGGCUCAGCUGCAGCUGGAAGGCGUGGCCCACGCGCACCCCCACCUGCACCCGCACCUGGCGGCCCACGCGCCCUACCUGAUGUUCCCGCCGCCGCCCUUCGGACUGCCCAUCGCCUCCCUGGCGGAAUCCGCCUCCGCGGCUGCUGUGGUGGCUGCUGCUGCCAAGAGCAACAGCAAAAACUCCAGCAUCGCUGACCUGCGACUCAAGGCCAGGAAACAUGCCGAGGCUUUGGGGCUCUGACACCGUUCAGCGCCCCCCACACCCUUCCUUCUUCUUCUUCUUUUUUUUUUGCUCUGUGUGUGUGAGACCCAGGAUGGACUUAUAACUCUCUCUCCUCUCUCCGUUUCCUCUUUCUCUCAGCACCACCUAAGCUUGACUCUCCAGGCCCCGGGACAAACAACGAUCGCUACUUUUUUUUCUUCUUUUUCUUCUUUAAAACGCUCUGCAAGUCCUUUGAGAGACGAUCUCUACAACCCCUUCUUGAUGAUUACUUUUUUUUCUCCCUCCCCACCCAAAGACUUCACAUCCAAUUGAUCUGAAGACUGGGCUGCCCAUCUUUUUUUUUUUAAAUUACUAUUUUAUUUUGCAGUGCUCUGACACAGCUAAAACUGUUCUACCAGAUGAAAUGCUAGGGUGAAAUCAUCCAGAAAUCCUAGUUAAAAGUCAUCAGAUUAAACACACAAGCACGCGCACACACACAGAGAGGGAAAUCAAAGACUUCCCCCUAUGCAGGAUAAAGUAAGUGGGGGGAAAAAAAUAUCUCUAAAUUAUGCUAAUCUGUGAACAUUGGGACAUUUGGAUUUUGAACCUGGCAAAAGUGAUCCCUUCAGUGUAACAUCAUCUGCUGCUGUCAGCUUUGCUACUUUGUGUAUGCGUCUAUCUAAACACAUUGUUUGAAGAUCAUAAAAUAUAUUAAAACAAAACAAAACAACAAAAAUAAUACUAAUAAAAAAAAUCCUUGGGGCUGGUCUCCAUUAAAGAUGACAUUUCUUUGUUGCCAACAGUAUUAUUUCACUGCCAUGAAUAUCUUCCAUCACUGAGGAGCUGCUGCUGCAGAACUGGUUUGAAUUUAAAUGUGGAAUUUCAGAUCUGAGGCAAGGCAGUUUUUUUUUUUUCUAAAAAAAAAAAAGCAGCAAUAACAAAAAAUGUGCAUCUCAAAUGGCUAUGUCCUUUGAAAGAAAAAAAAGAGAGAAAGAGAGAGAGAGAGAGAGAGAGACAGAGAGAGACCAGAAUUUACCAACCAUUAAUGGUGACUUGAAAGAUGGGAACAAUACGAACGCACCUGUUUUACCCAGAAUCACCUGAACUGAGAUGUAUUGUGCCAUAGGAACAGGUCGACUUUUAAAUUUUCUUUUCCAAAUGUCUGGGAUCUUUGAAUUGAAAUCUUGCUGUUUUACAGGAUGUAGAAGGAACAACUUACACAACAAAGAUGGACAUACGAUUUUAAGGCAUAAUACUGAUGCAGCAUUAAUUUUAGUGAAAUGCAAUUAAGUGCAGUAAAGU